AUGAACGCUAUCUUGAUUGUAUAUGUAGAAAGAAACCUAUUUCAAUUUGCGAUCUCCACACAGCAAACUUAUUCACCCGACUCAAAUAACGAAUUCGAGGAAACGUUCGAUGAUCGGAAUGGUUCUAUCAUGCUUGAUAACAAUAAUAUCAUCAUGAAAACACCUCAAUCUCUUGAUGAUCUUCUCGAUGUUGAUGAUAAUAACAAUGAAAACGAUGAAGAGAAUGAAAAUCUUGAUCAGAAUAAUGAUAAUGACGACGAUUCAACGCAUUUAAUCAUUGAUCAUCCAAAUCCAGCAGAACAAACAAAACAAAAGAAAUCUAUCGAGAAAAAUGGUCCAGGUGUCCUGGACGUGCCAUCGCCGGACGUUGGACUCGAUGUCAAGUUUGGUUUCAAUGAUCUAUGUCCUGUAUGCGGUGAUAAAGUCAGUGGGUUUCAUUAUGGUCUCUUGACUUGUGAAUCAUGCAAAGGAUUCUUCAAACGAACAGUACAAAAUAAGAAGAACUAUCAAUGUAUCGAUAAACAACAAUGUCAAAUCGAUAAAACUCAACGUAAACGUUGUGCAUUUUGUCGGUUCAAAAAAUGUUUACAAGUGGGGAUGAAGCUAGAAGCUGUUCGAGAGAAUCGAGUACGAGGUGGGCGAAACAAAUUCGGUCCAUUGUAUCGUCGAAGUCGAGCUUUACGUCAGCAAAUCAUGCGUCAGCAUUUUGUCAGUAUGGUCAAAGCACAACAAAACAUGAUUCCUAAUGGCAACGGAAUGGACAAUGGACAAGGAGCAUUGGAUAUAACAGGCAAUGCUAUGCAAGUGAAAUCCGAACCUGAACAACCAAAUCUUCAUCCAUUUCAACACAUGUAUUCGAAUCUACAAACGACGACGAAUAUCAAUCACCCAUCACACUCACAUCACCCAAACGCCCAUCAAUCACAUCAUCAGCAUCAUUAUCAACAACAGAAAUCAUCAACGUUUCCUGGUGUUUAUCCCGAUUUCUUCAAUCCAAAUUCAUCAAUUACAAACAAUACACGUUUACAACAACCGUUUCAAUUGAACCCAUUCGAUUCCUACUAUAAGAAUUCUUCAGCAUCGUCAACAGCAUACGGUCAUUCGCCUCCUUCUUUACUUUUACCAUCCAAUAGCAACAGUAAUCCACCGUCGGGCUCAUCGAACUCAAGUUCAUCGCCUGUCGGUCAAAUCUCAUCGAAAUUACUUGAUUAUCAAAUCUCAUCACCAUCAACCACAGGAACAACGACAACUGUUAGUACAACUAAUUCAACAUCACACACGUCGUCGAUUUUGAGUACAUUAACUAUGCAGCAACAAUCAAUGACCACUAAUGAUUCGAUGCAUACAGAUACGAAUAACGGCAUAUCUUCAAUCUAUUUUUAUAAUAAUCAGUACUUAGCACCGAGUUACGAUAUUAAUGAUACAAAUAAUAUUCCCGAAACGUUAACUAAGCUCAUUGAAUCAGAUCAGGCUUAUCGAUGUACGGAAGUACGUUAUAUUGAAGAUAUUCAACAGAUUCACAUUGAUUUGAAUCGUGAUGGUGGUGAUAUAUUAGUGGUCUGUUCACUAUUAGAUAAACUAUGUUUUCUAAUGGUUGAUUGGGCACGACAAUCAUUAUAUUUCAAAGAUAUUCAGAUUGAUAAUCAGAUAAAAUUAUUGAAAGCAGCAUGGAUUGAAAUCUUAAUUAUUGACCUUAUUUGGAAACAAUGUCAACAACCAAAAGAAACGUGUGUCAAUUGUAUCGUUAGUGCUAAUGGACAACUAUUAAAUAUCAAUUUGAUUCAAAAUCCUGCUGUUAAAAAGCUUGCAGAAAGAUAUUUACAAUGUGUAAAUGAUUUUCGUCAGUUACAGUGGCAAUAUCCAGAAUAUCUUGCACUAAAAUACCUUGUUCUCUUCGAUCCAGAUGUUCAAGGCGUCACGGAAUCGAGUUUAAUCGAAGAAGUUCAAGAGAAAAUCACGAAUGCAUUAGGUGAAUACACAACCGAUCAUAAUAAUCCAUCGACAUCAAACUCAACCAACCGUUCUCCAUCUCAACAACAAGCACCAACCAAUGAACAAGAGAAAUUUGCUUGUAUUCUGUUAAAACUGCCCGAUGUGCGUUUGAUUGGCAAUGAUUUGAAGAAAUUUUUACAACUAAUUGAUCGUAAACACAGCGGCAAGCUUCUUGACGGUUGUUUACUUGGCGAAAUGCUCAACGGUUUACAAUCGAAUAAUUAA